AUGUCCUUCGCGCUCCCCCGCGAUCUCCUCGCAUAUCUCGAGUCUCUGGACAACUUUAUCGAGACUAAAAUCGCACCCUUACAGGCCGCCAACGAUAACGAGCGGUUCUUCGACCAUCGGCGCGAGAAUGCGCGCACCGAUUGGGAGAACCAAGGUCUCCCGCGUGAUGACUGGGAAGACCUCUUGUCCCAAGCGCGAAAGCUCGCUGAUGAUGCCGGCUUCUAUCGUUUCUGCCUGCCGGCCGAGUAUGGCGGGCAGGACGGGGGGAAUCUCUGGAUGGCGGUCAUCCGUAUGCAUUUAGCGAGGAAGGGAUUGGGGUUGUUUAAUGAUUUGCAGAAUGAACAUUCUAUCGUCGGGAAUUUUCCGGAUGUCCUGAUGGUGAGGGAGUUCGGGACGGCGGAGCAGAAAGAGGAGUUUAUCACCGGAAGAUUGGAGGGUAAGAGGGUUUUGGCAUUCGGGCUUACAGAACCUGAACAUGGGAGCGAUGCUACGCACAUGUCUACUCACGCGGUCAGGAAAGAAAGGGGAGGGGUGAGGGGAUGGGAGAUCAACGGCAGCAAGAUGUGGAUUUCCGGGAUGCAUCGGGCCACGCAUUGUAUUGUGUUCGCCCGAACGCAUGGGAAAGCAGGAGAUGGGGAGGGCAUCACUGCGUUUUUCGUCCCCAAGACAGCGCCGGGUUUCGUGAUCCAAUCAUACGAGUGGACGUUCAAUAUGCCGACCGAUCAUGCGACUCUCACAUUCUCGGGAGUCUUCGUGCCUGACUCCGCGGUCUUGGGUCAGGUUGGCAGAGGACUGGCGAUUGCGCAGACUUUCGUGCACGAGAAUCGAAUAAGGCAAGCGGCGAGCUCAUUGGGAGCGGCUGAGUAUUGUAUUGAGGAGAGCAUCAGAUAUGCGAGGAGAAGGAAACCCUUCGGGAGAGAGUUGUCGACAAAUCAAGCCGUUCAGUUUCCGCUUGUGGAGUUGAAAACCCAGGCUGAGAUGUUGAAACUAUUGAUACUGAAGACUGCGACGGAGAUGGACAGUAUGACGCAAAACGAGAUCGAGAGUACGCUUGGGGAUAAGGUGUCAAUGUGUAAUUAUUGGGGAAAUCGAUUGUGCACACAGGCUGCCGAUCGGGCGAUACAAAUUCAUGGUGGAAUUGGAUACUCGAGACACAAAGCGUUUGAGCACAUCUACCGGCAUCAUCGACGCUAUCGAAUCACCGAAGGCAGCGAGGAGAUUCAAAUGCGGAAAAUUGCAGCAUACCUGUUUGGAUACGUUGGCCCUCGAAAGGCUGAGAUGGCAAAGUUAUAA